AUGGACACAUGGUCCUAUUUUUUCAGAAGUUUGAAGGCUUUGUUUGUUCAACAUGGGUGCCAGAGGGAUGACUGGACUUUUAUUAGUGACAGAAUGAGGGGAGUAGAAUCUGCUUUGUAUGAUGUUUUCCCCAAAGCAGUCAGGAGGGUCUGUGCUCAGCAUCUGUAUACCAACUGCAGACAAGCUGGAUACAGUGGCACAGCCUUCCAUGACUUGUUCUGGGUUGUUGCUGAUGCAUACAAUCCAUAUGUCUUCAACAAAGCCAUGGAAAAGAUUGGCAAACUCAUCCCAGAAGCAGUGGGAUAUCUUGACAAAGUGCCUGAACAGUGGUCCAGACACAAGUUUGAUGUUGGGGUCACUUGUGAUCACAACACCACCAACUUUGUGGAAUCCUUCAACGCGUGUACCAAACCCUUUAGGGAUCUUCCUGUUUUGUCACUUCUUGAAGAAAUAAGGUCUUGGUGCAUGACGAAGAUCGGGGCCAGAUUUGAUAAAGCUGUUGACAUUGGACCCGAUCAAUUGACGCCAUAUGCUACUAAGGAGCUUGAAGAGAGGAGUGUUGACUCGAGGCUUGCUGCUAGAGUUUGUGGUUGUGGGAAAUGGCAAGGGUGUGGUAUACCUUGCAAGCAUGCUAUUAGGAUAAUAUACCAUCAAAGACUCAAUCCUACAGAUUUUGUUUCUCCUUACUUCAAAGGGGCAGCCUAUAAGCUCACAUACUCAGAGCAUAUUCACCCCAUGCCUGACUCAACACAGUGGCCUACAUUUGAGCUACCUAGGAUUCUUCCCCCACUAAUGAGAAGGGCAGCUGGCAGACCAGCCAAGCAGAGAAGAAGAGGUGCUCAUGAGAAGAAGAGGGGGAAAAGAAACACCACUGUCAAGUGUGGGAAAUGCAAGCAAAUUGGGCAUAACUCAAGAACUUGUAAAGGAGGUUCCACUGCAAAACAGAGGAAAGAAUCUGCUGCAGCUGCUGCUGGUUCUGCUGGUGCAUCAACAUCUGGUGCUAGGAAGAGGAAGGCUCCAACAUCUAAUGCAUCGAGCAGCAAGAAGUCCAAAGCUGCAUAA